CAGGUGUGAAAAGUCAGUGUCAUGACUGGAGCGGAGACUGAGGAUGAUAUUCCUUUAGGAGAACGAAAAACCGUCACGGACUUCUGCUACCUGCUGGAUAAAUCCAAGCAGCUCUUCAACGGGCUGAGAGAUCUUCCUCAGUAUGGACACAAACAGUGGCAGUCGUACUUUGGGAGGACCUUCGACGUCUACACCAAGCUGUGGAAAUUCCAGCAGCAGCACAGGCAGGUCCUGGAUACGCGGUACGGCUUGAAGAGAUGGCAGAUUGGAGAGGUCGCAUCCAAGAUCGGACAACUUUACUACCAUUAUUACCUCCGUACCUCAGAAACCAGCUAUCUGAACGAAGCGUUUUCCUUCUACUCCGCCAUCCGGCAGCGUUCCUACUACUAUCAGGUCAACAAGGAGGACAGGCCUGAACUGGUGGUGAAGAAGCUUCGUUAUUACGCUCGUUACAUCGUAGUGUGUCUACUGCUGAACAAGAUGGACCUGGUCAAAGUUCUGGUGAAGGAGUUAUCGGAUGAAAUCGAAGACUACACCCAGCGCUUCAACACCGAGGACCAACUGGAAUGGAACCUGGUUCUGCAGGAAGUGGCGGCUUUUAUCGAGGCCGAUCCGGUGGUGGUUCUGAACGACAACAACUCGGUGUUUGUCACAAGCAACCGGCUGCAGGAGGGCAGCGUUCCUCCGCUAGAGCAGGGGAUGGUGGUGGGUCAGCUCGUCCUCGCUGACGCUUUGAUCGUCGGAAACUGCAACAACCAGGUGAAGUUCAGCGAGUUGACCAUCGACAUGUUCCGGAUGCUUCAAGCUUUGGAGAGGGAACCAGUGAACCUGGCAACGCAGACCUCCAAACAGGGAACACUGGAGCCCAAUGAGAAACCGGCGAAGAGAGAAAACCCUCAUAAAUACCUGCUGUAUAAACCGACGUUCAGCCAACUCUACACCUUCCUGUCGGCUUCAUUUAAGGAACUUCCUGCCAACAGCGUCUUGUUGGUGUAUUUAUCGGCCACCGGCGUCUUCCCGGCUACACAUCUAGAUUACGAAGUAGGUCCGUAUGACUUCGGAGGAGUUCUGACCAACACCAACAGGGACGUGGUGAACGGAGAGUCGGCUCAGAAGAGGAAUCAGGCCCAGAAAGAGAUGCACUGCCUUCAUCCAGGGGAUCUGUUUCCGUUCACCCGGAAGCCUCUUUUCAUCAUCGUGGAUUCUUCAAACAGCUCCGCCUAUAAGAACUUCACCAACCUGUUCGGCCAGCCGCUGGUGUGCCUGCUGUCUCCUACAGUUUAUCCAAAAAGCGUCCAGGAUCCGUCUCAGCGCGGCAGCCUCUUCACCCUCUUCCUCUACAGUCCUCUCCUGGCUUUCUCCUCCAUCUGCGGCUUGAACAGCGUCCGACGAGGCCUUUGGGAACGUGCUGAAGAAUUCCUUCAAAGAGUGUUCCGGGACAUCGGGCAGAUGAUAACCCGAUCACGGAGCAUCGAUCAGGCCUUUUUGCAGUUUUUCGGUGACGAGUUCCUGCGGCUGCUCCUGAUCCGGUUCGUGUUCUGUUCAGCUGCGCUGAGACUACACAAGCUGUUCCGGGAAUCUCGGAGCUUCCCGGAAUCGUAUCCCGAGCUGCCGAAGCAGGACACGGUAGAGAGCAGCCUCUUACAGAAGCACAUCCUGGAGCUGGCCGCCAUGCUGGACGCUCAGAGUUUAUUUUGGGACGAUUCGCUGGACAGCUACUGACGUCUCCAGGCGGCGGCGGCGCUCUCACUCAGACUGAGUUUGUUCGUUCCUUUCUGUGGUCGGAAGGUAACCUUUCGUUUCCUCGCAUCCUUCAUUCAGAUGUUCCACCUGGAACCGGGUGUAAUGGUCUGAUUGGUCACCCAGGAAUCCUCAUUCUGAGCCUCAUCAGAAAACCUUUCAGCCUGCAGUUCUCCCCGCUCUGCCACACCAACCCAAACAUUCCAUGUUUUUUUUCCCUAUAUUUCUGCAUCGCUGUCAGUUUCAUCUUAAUAAUCCCACCGGAGACGAAGGGUUUAACUGCACCGAUCAUGGAAGGACCUCGCUUCUGACAUUUAAAAACAACUCAAAGCAACUUUUCUCCAUCCAGGAAUCCAGGAAGUGCAGCCGAUCCAGGCGGGUCGGGGUUCCUUUCAUCAUUUAGAACCAGACCGACGCCGGCAGUCAGCUUUAGCCUCCUAUGUGAUUCUGUUAAGAGUUUUUCUUCUUGCUGUUUUUACGCAUGCCUAGAAAAAAAAUCAGCUUACUUCAUUCUUUUAUCCACAGA